GCUGGUGAAGCCGAGGAUAUUCAUGAAGACCCCGAGUGUUUCUUCUCUCGCCAUGGUGACACACCGCGGAGAGACCGAGGAGACAGAGACAAGUGGAGGUGAGACGAGGCCCAGCCCAUCUUUGCAUUGAUCUUGAGACGAUCAAGGGAAACUGCACCAAAGAGGACACAUUGAGACAGGUUCAAGGAUGGAUUUUGGCAAAUCAAAGCUGGACUUUUGACAUCUAGACUUCUCAGAUGAGCCCAUCAUUUUUACUACUUCUUUCUAUGCAGAAUUUGAAUCCAACUGACCGGUCAUACACUGGAACGCUGACCUGGGACGGGAGAGACCUGUUGCAAAUUCUUCUGUAAUUCAUUUGGAUUUUGAAUUUUAAUCAGUAGAAAUUUGCAUCCAUAUGGGACCAGGUUUACAAAAGGACAACAUCGUGCCAACAAUACUAAAAGUUGGAUAAAUUUCAGAAGGGACAUCAUGAACUCUGAACGGGAUCUCCCAUUGGCUUCUCUGGCCGAAGGCGACAUGCAGCCACUAACUUGUAGCUUUUACUAAAAUGGAGUGAGAAUUUAGAUUUUUCUUUUCCUUUGGCUUAUAAAGAAUAACAGAUCAGAGCAACCUCUGAACCCUCAGCCUCUCAGGGGUAUGUAAAUGGUCCUUUACUGAUCUGCAGCAGGAGGACUCUGUUUCAGCCCGUCUGAAGACUGUGUGUGGACAGAGCUCGAGCAAAGCGUUUGGCUGGCUGAGUUGGUUCCAAUGGGGGCCGGUUGUGACCCGGUCUGACCCCGGUUUGACCUUGCAGUGACCUUUGACCUCUCCGGUCCUGGCUCUCCACCUGCUCUGCUGCCUGGGUUCGGGAACGCUCCGUCCUGGGGCCCAGAACGAGCCAAUCAGAAUGAAGAAGAGCCGCAGCGUGCUGUCGGUGACUGGAGAAGAGGGCAGCGACGCAGAUAUAACAGGUGCUGGGGGGAAGGCGGAGUCAUCUCGUUACAGCCAGUCUUACACGUCUGGGGCUACGCUGGGGGCUGAGCUACACCAGGGGAGGAGCAGAAGACUCUCAUCUAGUCUCCAGGUACCCUGCUGGCUCCGUCCUCGAGAUCGCACUCGUUCACCAGAGUCCCUCAGCAAUGUGUCGCGUCCAACAACUCUUCCCCUUCGGAUCCCACCGCGCAUCUCCAUCACACAUGCAGACUCUGACAGUUAUGAAGCAGAGAAUGGCGUGUCACCAGGUCACACCCCUUUGGGCUCGCAGAGUCCCAGCCUCACCCUGCACACCUCCUUCCCCCAGGGCCAGAGAAGAGAGUCUUUCCUCUACCGCUCGGACUCAGACUACGACAUGUCGCCCAAGACGGUGUCACGGAACUCCUCCCUCGUCAGCGAAGGGCACCCAGCAGAAGACUUCAUUGUCACACCUUUUGCUCAAGUUCUGGCCAGUCUGCGAUCAGUACGGAGCAACUUCACCAUCCUUGCCAACGUCUCUACACCAACAGUCAAGAGGUCUCCUCUGGGGGGAGUGUGCAUCAGUCCCAGGGCGACAUUAUCAGACCAGCAGUACCAGCAGCUCGCCCUGGACACACUGGAGGAACUGGACUGGUGCUUGGACCAGCUGGAGACCAUUCAGACUCAUCGCUCUGUCAGUGAAAUGGCCUCCAACAAGUUCAAGAGGAUGCUGAACAGAGAGCUGUCACACCUGUCAGAGAUGAGUCGCUCUGGAAACCAGGUGUCCGAAUACAUCGCCAGCACCUUCCUGGACAAGCAGAACGAAGUAGAAAUCCCAUCUCCUACCCUCAAAGACAAAUCUAUGAGUCACAUCAGCGGAGUGAGGAAACUGUCUCACAGCUCCAGCCUCUCCAGCGCUUCAAUGCCUCGCUUUGGCGUCAACACAGACCACGAGGACGAGCUCGCCAAGGAACUGGAGGAUCUGGACAAGUGGAGCUUCAACAUAUUCAGAGUAGCAGAAUUCUCCAACAACAGACCUCUCAGCUGCAUUAUGUACACCAUUUUCCAGGAGCGAGAGCUGUUGAAGACAUUUCGCAUCCCAGUCGACACCUUUGUCACUUAUGUGAUGACCCUGGAGGACCACUACCAUGGAAACGUAGCGUACCACAACAGCCUCCAUGCUGCAGAUGUCACCCAGUCCACACAUGUCCUGCUCUCCACACCUGCUCUUGAUGCCGUCUUCACUGACCUGGAGAUCCUCGCCGCUCUGUUUGCUGCAGCCAUCCAUGAUGUAGACCACCCUGGAGUUUCCAACCAGUUCCUCAUCAACACCAACUCAGAACUGGCCCUCAUGUAUAAUGAUGAGUCAGUGUUAGAGAACCAUCAUCUCGCUGUGGGCUUCAAGCUUCUGCACCAGGAAAACUGUGACAUUUUCCAGAACCUCACGAAGAGGCAGCGCCAGAGCCUGCGCAAGCUCAUCAUCGACAUGGUGUUGGCUACAGACAUGUCCAAACACAUGACCCUGCUGGGUGAUCUGAAGACGAUGGUAGAGACCAAGAAGGUGACGAGUUCUGGUGUGUUGCUCCUGGAUCACUAUACAGAGCGAAUACAGGUGCUGAGGAACAUGGUGCACUGUGCAGACCUGAGCAACCCCACCAAACCACUGCCAUUAUACAGAGAGUGGACGGAGAGGAUCAUGGAGGAGUUCUUUCGACAGGGUGACAAAGAACGAGAGAGAGGGAUGGAGAUCAGUGCCAUGUGUGACAAACACACUGCGUCUGUGGAAAAGAGUCAGGUUGGUUUCAUUGACUACAUCGUCCACCCGCUGUGGGAGACGUGGGCUGACCUGGUGCACCCGGAUGCCCAGGAGCUUCUGGACACCCUGGAGGAGAACAGGGAGUGGUACCUGAACACCAUGCCCCAGUCUCCCUCACCUCCCCCAGACAGACACCUCCAGCAUGACCGCUUCCAGUUUGAGCUCACCCUGGAGGACCUGGAGCACAACAACCACAACCACAUGCACUUGAGUAACAGCGGCGGAGGGAGGAGAGGCAGGAAAGCAUUCUGUGACAACAGCAGCACAGACAGAGAACAGGAUGGUGAGGUUGAGCUGAACAGCGAGGAGCAAAACCACAUCGAAAGUGAGAAAGAAGAUGACAAGGAGAACCACAACAGCGAACAGAAUGGAGUCCAAGAUGAAGAUGAAGAGCAGGAGGAAGUUAGAGAAAGAGGGGGAGAAGAAGAGGAAGUGAAGGAGAAUGCAGAUGAAGAGGAAGAACAUGGAGAGGACCAAGAAGGAGAACAGACAGAUGAAACGGAACAAGAGGAGGAAGUGAACAAUGCAGCAGAGGAUGAGGAGACAAAGGGGGAGAAAGAAGAUGUAGAACGGGAAAUGGAUGGAGAAAAAGUAGUUACGGGGGAAGAAGAAACUGAACAUGAGGCAGAAGUGGAGGAAGAGGGAGAGCUGGAGGAGGCAGAACAAAUUCUAGAACGAGAGGAGGGAGAGAUGGAAAAGGUAGAGGAGGAGACAGAGGAUAAUCUAGAGGAGGAGGGCGAGACAGAAGAGCAAGUUGAAGAAGAGGAGGCAGAAAUGGGGGAUGAAGUUGACGAAGAAACAGAAGAGAAAGGAGAACUGGAAAAAGCAGAAGAGGAGGAGGCACCAGGAGAGGAAGAAGAAGAAGAAGAAAGUUAGUUGGGUGUAAAAUCACAAAUUAACAGUCAGUGAGGAAAGGCUAAAGACAGAUAAACUACAGAGCCUGAAAGGCAGCAGGGUGUCUGUCGAUGAGGAUGAUAAAGCGCUGAAGACUCCCUUCUUCCCAGAUAAUGUGCUCAGCCCACUUUAUCACAUGACCCUCUCAGCUGUAGGCUGACAUACACUCAGAUGUCAGACCUCUUAAACUUCACAGCUCAGAGAAACUAGACAGGACAACUCUGGACAUGACAACAAAGCCUCUCCGGGGCAGCCAGGUUGUUGCUUGACCAACUGGUAGUGACAGAAAGACUCAACUCUUCAUCCAUCACUGCCAUACGGGAAAACGGGGGAUGAUAAAAGGUGGGGAACCUGUUUUAUCAACCUUUUGUAGCUACUGAUAAUCUUAAAAAGAAAAAAAAAACUGAAUACAUGCAAAUAAGUGCGUGCCUGUUCUCCCGAUCUCAUGGAGUACUACCCAUCGUCUCUCAGUCAGCGUCUCUAACACCUCAGCGACCAUUUACUCAAGCAACACUGUUUAAAGAAUGUCAACUCCUCUGUUUGUCAGAAAAGAGAUAAAAAAAAAUGCAAACGUGUCUGGAAAGUGUAGUCCGUCGUCUUGUAUUUACUACAGAAACGUCCCACUUGUGAGCAGGGCACCAAGUGCACCCUUGGGCUCUGGUAACAGUUCCACCUCGUCACAUACUAACCUUAGAGCACCAAUUCGGGGUUUCUGAGAUCAUUUGAAUGAUCCCUGGACUGUGUUGUCAAAGUGGAAACAUAUGCAGUUCAGCUCAGAAGGCUGACUUAUUGUACAUGUCGAUGUCAGUUCGUGUAAAAAACAAAAACAUAUUUGUCUGAUCACGACUCCCAGACUGUGACUUUAAUUCCCAGGUGAAUCGUGCCAAACUGUCCCACGACCAGCACUGAGCAGUUCAGCCAUCCUCUAAACAAGGUGGCGACUCGUCCAUGAAGCAAUGAACUGUGGGACCAGGCUAACGGGUGUGAUGGUCUUCCACAAAUCCCUUUUUGUUUUGUUUUUAAAAAAAAUGCUAUUUGGCACUUUAACUUCCUGUUACAUAUAUGUACAUAAACAUAUUUUAAUCAGCUGAUGUCAUAUAAUAAAU